CAAGGAUCUGUACAAGGAGGCCAUGAUGGAGGAGCACCAGCCUCUUAUAUCACAGGAAAAUCUCAGUAAGAAAUGUGAAAAUGUCAUGUUACCACUAGAUGAAGAUAUCCUGCAGCGCUCUUCAGGAGAAAACCUCAUUACACUUAAUGUACAUCCAGGACUUCACAGUACAGAUCUGUCAUAUAAUCCUCCUAAUUAUGAGGACCCUUCUCCGGACCAAUCACAGAUUGUUACCGCAAGUACAAGUCAGAAAAGGAUUAAAAGGUUUCAUUGUGGUAAAGAAUCCACAAACAGCUCAGGACUUUCUACACACCGAAAACGUCACAAAGGAGAGAAAAUGUAUUCAUGUUUUGAAUGUGGGAAAUGUUUCACAUGGAAAUCACAUCUAGUUAGACAUGAGAAAAGUCAUACAGGAGAGAAACCAUAUUCAUGUUCAGAAUGUGGGAACUCUUUCACACAGAAAUCACAUCUUAUUGCACAUAAGAGAUGUCACACAAGAGAGAAAAUGUAUUUAUGUUCAGAAUGUGGGAAAUGUUUUAAAGAGAAAUCAAAACUUGUUAAACAUGUGAGAAGUCACACAGGGGAAAAGCCUUAUUCAUGUUCACAAUGUGGAAAAUGUUUUACAGUGAAAUCAAAUCUUGUUACACAUGAGAGAAUUCACACUGGGGAAAAGCCAUAUUCAUGUUCAGAAUGUGGGAAACGUUUUUUAAAUAAAUCAAGACUUUUAAAACAUAAGAGAUGUCACACAGGAGAGAAACCAUAUACAUGUUCAGAAUGUGGGAAAUGUUUUACACAGAAAACACAUCUUGUUAGACAUGAGAGAAGUCACACAGGAGAGAAACCAUAUUCAUGUUCAGAAUGUGGGAAAUGUUUUACAGUGAAAACACUUCUUCUUAGACAUGAGAGAAGUCACACAGGAGAGAAACCAUAUUCAUGUUCAGAAUGUGGGAACUGUUUCACACAUAAAUCAAAUCUUAUUGCACAUAAGAGAUGUCACACAGGAGAGAAAAUGUAUUCAUGUUUAGAAUGUGGGAAAUGUUUUAUACAGAAAAUACAUCUUGUUAGACAUGAGAGAAAUCACACAGGAGAGAAACCAUAUUCAUGUUCAGAAUGUGGGAAAUGUUUUACAGAGAAAACAUAUCUUGUUAGACAUGAGAGAAGUCACACAGGAGAGAAACCAUAUUCAUGUUCAGAAUGUGAGAAAUGUUUUACACAGAAAUCAAAUCUUAUUGCACAUAAGAGAUGUCACACAGGAGAGAAAAUGUAUUCAUGUUCAGAAUGUGGGAAAUGUUUUAGAGAUAAAUCAAAACUUGUUAUACAUGUGAGAAUUCAUACAGGGGAAAAGCCAUAUUCAUGUUCGCAAUGUGGGAAAUAUUUCACACAGAAAUCAGUACUUGUUAUACAUGAGAGAUGUCACACAGGAGAGAAACCAUAUACAUGUUCAGAAUGUGGGAAAUGUUUUACACAGAAAUCACAGCUUGCUUUACAUGAGAGAAUUCACACAGGAGAGAAACCAUAUAUGUGUUUAGAAUGUGGGAAAUGUUUUAGACGAAAAUCAAAUCUGGUUAUACACGAGAGAACUCACACUGGGGUAAAGCCGUAUUCAUGUUCAGAAUGUGGGAAAUGUUUUUCACAGAAAUCCACUCUUGUUAAACAUGAAAGACAUCACACAUGAGAGAAGCCGUAUUCGUGUUCAGAAUGUGACAAACGUUUUUCAGAAAUAUCAAGUCUUGUAAAACAUAAGAGGAUUCACACAUUAGAGAAGCUGCAUUCAGAAUGAGAAAAAUGUUUUUUUUCUAAACCCAUAAUUAGGGGUCAUUAGUGAAGUCACACAAGAGAGAAGCCAUAUGGCCACAAUAUAAGGAAACAAUAUAUCACUGGAUCAUAGACUUUGUUUUCAUUUCAGGUUGUAUAUUUGGAUAUAAAUGCUUUACCACCUCAGCUCCCUUAACUUAACCCUCCUUAAUGACCAGACCACUUUUUACAAUUCUGCACUACGCUACUUUCACGGUUUAUUGCUCGGUCAUACAUCUUACCACCCAAAUGAAUUUUACCUCCU